AUGCAGUUCACAAUCAAGACCUUCCUCCUGGCCUGCAGCCUCAUCACCGCUGCUGCCGCUGCAGAGACCACCGAGAUCCAAAUGUUCUACCCCGACGGAGAGGUCACCAUCGCGCCUCAUUCCCUAGCGGCCAGCAUUAUCAACGUCCAUGCCGGUGCCACAACAUACCAAGUUAAGUGCGUGGACGACUCGGACGCUUGCGAACUCGCUGUUCCUGCCACUGUCACACAAGGCCCGUCUGAAUUUACAAUGAACGCCGUUGUUGUAACAGGAGCCGGUGGAAUCAAAGGAACGGGAACCGUGCAGGAGGCUUGCAAAAUCACUUCUUCGACCCAGGGCGCUUCCUGCUCUGUCAGUGUGGGCAUUGAGGUUAGCACAUUGGGCGUCUCGACCUCGACCUCUUGGACGACCGCAACUUCCAUCGACAGCGACGAUAUUACCUACCGUGCGGUGACUGUCACCGCUGAUGUCAACAAGCUCAACUCUCCUCAGGCCACCGAGGCUGCCGAGGCUGCCGGCGUUGCCGCGGGCGUGCAAUAUGGAGGAGCUGCCGCCGCCGCCGUUAUCGCCGCUAUUGGUCUGCUCUAG